AUGUCCAUCUCACAUGAUGAGGAUAUCCAAGACACCAAGGAAUACUACAAAGUCUUCAUCAGAAAGGUCCGAUACGGGCAGAACGCAGGGCUCAUCGACAAGUCGGUUACGAUAGGCCCCGACGGCCAUCUCACUUGGCCUGGGUUGGGGGACCAGCCCGGUGCAACACGCAGAUUACCCGGUGGGAUCAACAUUCAACAGAUCAUUGCUGAGUACGAUGCGGCCGACGCCGAUCGAAUCUCUGAGAUCGAUCGUCGUAUUCUCCAGAGACUGUUUGAAACAGAUCUAGCUGACGGAAAGCAUGUGGCCAAAUGUGCUCGAGAACUCAAAGCUCUCAUCAAGAUCGACGACAUAGAUCUUGGCAAAACCCAAGUGCGAGAGGCCUUCGAAGACUGUCUAGAACUGUUGGGCGUCGACGUGACGACCGACGAUGAUGGCAAUGGUGGCAAAUCCUCUGAUGACGCCAUCGCCGCUAUUCGAGCGGUUGACGGAGAGCUUGCCAACGUCUUGACCACGUUUACUUGGCUCGUCACUCACAUUGGGAGGGACGGAACCGAGCCGGUGUUUGAGUUGACUUUGAAGUUGAUGUUCAAUUCGCGGUGCUUCGAGUACUGGGAUAGGUUGACGAUGUUUGGGGGGCACAUUCAAGGUGGGUCUUUGGACGAGGAGGCCAAGAAAAGGUGGGCUAGGCUCUUUGGAGAGCCUUAUAGAGGCGAUGACGAGGGUGAUCAAUAA